GUUGCCGCCCGCCGCUGCCGCCGCCGCGCGCGCGGGGGAAAGUUGGGCUCCCUGAGGGCGGCGGCGGGGGCGGCCGGGCUGGCGCGGCUCCCUCCUUCCCUCCUUCCUCCAGCGUCUCCUCCUCCCCGGCGGCGGUUCCGAUGCGGCGGAAGCAGAAGCGGCUGCUGCAGGCGGUGGGGUUGGCGCUGGCCGCCCUCGUCUUCUUGCCCAACGUGGGGCUCUGGUCCCUGUACCGCGAGCGGCAGCUGGAGGGCGGCGGGGCGGCCGGCGGGGAGGGAGCCGCCGCCGCGGGGCCGCCGGGGGCAGCGGCCGGCGAAGCGCCGGAACAACACCAUGGAAAGAGGAGUUCUAAUUGGGCACUGUACAUGAGGCAAAAGAAAGACCCUUACUUUGGUGAUGGACAAAGGAAAAAGGACUGGCAUAACAAAGAAGCUAUAAGAAGGGACUCUGAGCGUGUAGGAAAUGGAGAACAGGGAAAGCCUUACCCAAUGACUGACGCAGAACGAGUGGACCAGGCGUACAGGGAAAAUGGCUUUAAUAUCUUUGUGAGUGACAAAAUUUCUCUGAAUCGUUCCCUUCCAGACAUCAGACAUCCAAACUGCAGGAAUAAGCUGUACCUGGAGAAGCUGCCCAACACGAGCGUCAUAAUACCGUUCCACAACGAAGGAUGGUCCUCCCUCCUGCGCACAGUGCACAGCGUCCUAAACCGCUCCCCUCCAGAGCUAAUAGCAGAGAUAGUGCUGGUGGAUGACUUCAGUGACCGAGAACACCUGAAGAAACGCCUGGAAGAUUAUAUGGCCCAGUUCCCAAAUGUAAGAAUCCUCCGAACCAAAAAGAGAGAAGGGCUGAUAAGAACCCGAAUGCUGGGGGCCUCUGUGGCCAUAGGAGAUGUCAUCACCUUCUUGGAUUCCCACUGCGAGGCCAACGUGAACUGGCUGCCACCUCUGUUGGAUCGCAUUGCCCGAAACCGCAAGACGAUCGUUUGCCCAAUGAUCGAUGUAAUUGAUCAUGACCACUUUGGAUAUGAGACUCAGGCUGGAGACGCAAUGCGAGGUGCAUUUGACUGGGAGAUGUAUUACAAGAGGAUCCCUAUUCCUCCUGAGUUACAGAAACUUGAUCCCAGUGAUCCCUUUGAGUCUCCUGUAAUGGCUGGAGGACUGUUUGCAGUCGAUAGAAAGUGGUUCUGGGAGCUGGGAGGGUAUGAUGCAGGUCUGGAGAUAUGGGGAGGAGAGCAGUAUGAAAUAUCCUUUAAGGUAUGGAUGUGUGGGGGUCGCAUGGAGGACAUCCCUUGCUCUAGAGUUGGCCAUAUAUACAGAAAAUAUGUUCCAUACAAGGUUCCAACAGGAGUCAGCCUGGCAAGAAACUUGAAGCGGGUGGCUGAGGUGUGGAUGGAUGAGUAUGCAGAGUACAUAUACCAGCGCAGACCGGAGUACCGGCAUCUUUCUGCAGGGGACGUGGCAGCUCAGAAGGAACUUCGCAACAACCUCAACUGCAAAAGCUUCAAGUGGUUCAUGAACGAGGUUGCCUGGGACUUGCCAAAGUUUUACCCACCCGUGGAGCCUCCAGCAGCUGCUUGGGGAGAGAUACGCAAUGUAGGAACUGGAUUAUGUGUGGAUACUAAGCAUGGAGCCCUGGGAUCCCCACUGAGACUGGAAAACUGUGUGAAGGACAGAGGAGAGGCAGCGUGGAACAAUGUGCAGGUAUUCACGUUCAGCUGGAGAGAAGACAUCCGACCCGGGGAUCCUCAGCAUACCAAGAAGUUUUGUUUUGAUGCCAUUUCCCACAGCAGUCCUGUGACCCUCUAUGACUGUCAUGGAAUGAAGGGCAACCAACUCUGGAGAUACAGAAGAGACAAGACCCUGUACCAUCCAGUAAGCAGCAGCUGUAUGGACUGCAGUGAGAGUGACCGAAAGAUCUUUAUGAAUAGCUGCAAUCCUUCGUCUCCGACGCAGCAGUGGAUAUUUGAACAUACAAACUCAACUGUCUUGGAAAAAUUUAACAGAAAUCUUGAUCUUUGAAAGACUAAUAUAUAUAUAUAUAUAUAUUUUACAAUUAUAGUUUUUACUGGGGAGGGUUACAAGAAAUUUUUUUAAGAAUACCUUUUUUUUAAACAGUUAAUGAAGGUAAAAGGGAGAAUCUCAGGAGAAGGUUAACUAGCAGGCCAGUCUUUAUUGUGAAGAUGCUGCGUCCUUCUCUUCUAGGGAUGGUGGAAUUUUAAAGGCUUUGCCAGAGACACUUCUUUGCUGAGACCGGAACAGCAACUCUGUUUUUAGAGGAGUCUGAAUGUGAUUCAAACUGCUAGGUUCUUUUUUCCUUUUUUGUUUUUUUUUGCUGUUUUGUUUCUCACCUGGGUCUGAUGUUAAAUGAUUUUGUUAUCCAGGACUCUCUAGCCUCCAUACCACCCACUGAAGCAUUCCCACAUACGUGCUUUAUCUUCCUAAGUCCAUAUGAGUAAAAUCCUGAACACAAGAUUUAAUGCUUUGAUCAAAAAAAGGCCAUAAAGGUGUAAAAUUAAAUGAUUCCUUUUUUUUUCCUAUACCAAAAUAUAUUUCAAACAGGUUGAGUAUUAUUACUUUUGAAAUCAUAGCUCUGAUAAAGGAAUGAGCUCUAGUGGAAAUGCAGCCAAGUGUUGGGAAUAUUGCUGUAGUUACUCAUGAUGAGGAAUCUGGGUUUCUGGUCCGUUCACUUGGCAGUCAGUUUGGCACUCGCUGUUGAAUCUUCAAGGUGAAAGAUUAGUGGAGAGUUUCUAAGUAAGCCCAGUUCCAAUGGGUGAAGAUUUUUGCUAAGAUCAAGUUCCAAAUUUGCCCCUUUAUCAGAAUCUUUAGCAUGGACACCUCUAGGGUUUCUCAAGAGUUCAAUCUAUUACACAAAGGCAACUUCCAUUUUCCCUUUAGCGGUUUGAAGGCUAACUUGAUGCACAGUUGGUGGGAGCAGGUUAAUUCAGGAUAAUUAAGUCAAGGCUGAGAUCAGCCAUUGGUCUUUAGCCCCCAGUCUGUAGUUUGUUGCAGUCGUGACUCCUGUGGUCAGUAGUGCUCUAGGCUUGUGGGAAUGUGCUACUGAUCUCGCCUCUUUUCCCAGCAUCCACAGCACAGUACACUUUACUGUGGCUGGAAAUCUGUUUGCUUAAGCAGAGAUGUGAGAUUGAUGGGCCCAUUUUACUGGUGCCCUAUCCCCUGUCUAGUCGGUGAGCAGUGCAAGGUAUUACCCAUCUGGUUUGGCUGCAAGAUCUGCCAGACACUGAACCGGAAUUGUCUCAUCCCAGAAGCUGGAAAAAAGUACCAACGCUAAAGGAUGAAUAGAGGACCAUUGGUUUCAAGUCUGUCUGACCCCCACACUUUAAAAUGAAGUUGUUACAAAGACAGAUUUAUUAGUUCAGCUGACUCAGUCUUAUGCUGGAGGCAGCAGUGGCAUUUUCUAGUAAAAGCUGUGAAUGACAGUGCAGUUAACCUUUUGCAGAGUUGCUGUGUAAAUCAAUACAAGCAGCCCUUUGCCAGUGAUUGCCCAGCUCCAUGGCCUGUCCAACUGCCUGCACAGGCAUACUGCAAGAGCAAGGAGUGCCCAGCCAGCUCUGGGAGUGAAAGGCUGAAACACACCAGGCAGGAGCAGGGCAACCCUCUGGGACUCUUGAUGAACACAGUUAAUGGGCUUCUCCUCCUUGGAGGGGCAGGGAAGCUUUGCACUGGGCUGUCCUUCUCUCGUGUGAAGGCAAGGAGAUUUUUGCCUAGUGUCAAGAAACAAGCAAGCUGGCUCCCUCUGCAGAGCUGCAGAAGAAGGAAUUGCUGAUGUUGCCAACUGUGGGAUCGUUGCCCGUAUUUCAGGUGUCUUUGGGGCCACGUAGUGCUGUGUCUGUCAACUGAGAGCAAACUGGGACACAUCUAUCUGCCUCUCAUGUUCUCAAGACUGAUGUAUUGGCUCAGAAUCAUUGCCACCUCUCAUCCUCACAGCUGAGCCCACAUCUGACCUCUUCUGCCAGCUUACCUGGUAGGUGCAGGUAAGCAAGCAAGGGAAACCUGGGCACUGCGUUGCAGCUGGGACCAGGCUUGGCAAGUGUGUCCAUAUCUAACAUUUGGGGAGUGAAGAAAGAAAAAAAGCCUCUAGGCUUUUCUUGUGGCAGUUUUGCAGCAGUAUUGCUAUGGAAGUGAGACCAGCAUCAAGGAGAGUUGACAUCUUGUGCUCUCAGUAGCUACAGUAUGUCUAUCUUUAGGAUCCCUUUUCCUUUCUGUGGGAGACAGAGCCACCUUCCAGUGCUUUGUGUCUGACUGUCGCUUUCCUUAAGUUAUUAAUGCUCUCAUUAGUCUGGUAGUGCUGACUGUGGAUCACUAGAUGGCCCGACUAGAUGUCUUUAUGAAUGUUUUAAUACCUGUGGAACAAGAAGCUGUUUGUCUAUGAACACUGCUAGUUUUUUAUAACUGGGACACAAUCAGCAAAUUAUGUAAAUGGACUGUAGAUCAUUCUGCUUGCAGCUUGCAACUUUGUAUGUCUUAGUUUUCUAAUGAGAGGAUUAGCUUCUGUUGCUAAAAUGCAUGGCUUGCUUUGUACUUGGGCUCACCUUGUGAGGAGUCCUAGCUGCUUGGCUUGCUGGACGCUUGCUUCAGAGAGAACUGCAGUAAUGAACAGGUCUUUUACCACUUAGUGAUCUUAAUUUGGAGAGAAAGGACAGCUCUUAGCAGUUUGCACCAAAAGAUUAGGUAAUUGUUGAGGCGAUUUCUGUUUGACAACCUACCACCAGUACACGGCAACUGGGAGUUUUAGUGUGAGUGGUCUUUCUGGGUCCUUCUCAGUAAGGCUGGUCUGCUCUGCUUUCUGAAGGUUUGGGAUCUGAGUCAUAUAGGUGCCUCACAAAUUCUGUGCCCUUCCAACUGGCUCGCUGGGCUUUGAGCUGUUAGUUUAUUUACAUCAAUUAUACUUUUCAAUACCCUAGAGGCUUUGCUGACUAAUGAGAAGACUUAACAUAGCCAACCAUCCAGUGAUUGAGAAAGAGAAGCUGUGUUUCAUCAUCUGCAUCUUUAAUUGGGCCUUUGCUGAGCAAUCUGGUUAAUUAUUUGAAUCACUUUUGGUUAUUUGUAAGCAAAAUUGCUAAAGCAUGAAUGCAUAAGGAAAUCUUCACAUCUGCACUCACGUCGAGACUGGAGAUUAAAUACCAGUGAUCAUCUAACACAAAUAAAAUGUUGUCAUAUUUUUUCCCCAAAAGUAUUCAAACCCCUCUCUCUAUGGCUGCAUAAAUUCUGCUGCUUUUAAAUAUCAGAAUCACAGACAACAUCCCUGGAUCUCUGGAUGUGUGUUAUGUUGCAUAGAAAUACUUUUAUUUGCUCUUGAAGCUGUUGUUGAUUUAUACUGGUGCUAAUCUCUAAGGCCUACAAACAGAGUAAUUGGUUUGAGGCUCUUCUGUGUGCAAGGUGUGUUUUUUCAUGCCUGAGAAGUUAACUGUCUUUUCCACACCAUAGUAGGAGAACGUGUGAACCUUACUGAAAGGGGCAUACAGCAUCAUUCAACUAAAUAUGUGCCUUUUUAAAUGUAAAUGUACAACAAAUGCUUAAACUUGAACCAUUUCCUAGUGCCUUGCUGGACAGGAGAGAGGAGGGGAAGAGGCUGGGAGAUAAGGAUGUGAGAGAAAGCUUGACUCAUGCAGUGUUUGUGUGUGUUUUGUAAAAUGUCUAACCUGAAGUGCAAAAUUUGUGUGAACAACAGUCAUUUAGAAGCUCCUGGAUUUCCUCUGUUAAAUCAAUACCAUUAGUGACUCGGGGAGGGGGUUGUCAGUCCUAAUAGGGAGGCCUGGAAAGGAUGGCAGGUUCCUCUUGGUGCACUGUAACAGCUAAAGCUAGAGCAGAGGAUGUCUUGGUUCACUGCCUGGUGAGGGCUCCUGCAUUUCACUGGCAUGCAAGAUCCUGAUCCUACAUUUUAUCUUCUAAGGGUCCAAAUCAGAAAUCCUAAGUGGUCCCAAAGGCAUGUCAGAUCUUUAGCAGAAGUGUCUGUCAGAAAGUCGAUGCCCUCCAUCGCUGGGAAACUGUUAAAGGAUAUGUUCAAAUCUCUUAAUACAGAAGUAGCAAGAAAGCAAUUCCUCAGCUUGACUUUCUUCCUGCUUUGCUUUUCAGUAGCCUAUACACAGGACGUUGCUUUCAUCUAGUGGAGGACCAGAGUUCCAGUCAGCAAACUUUCCCCUCCCUUCCGCCCUGAGACAUCAAGGUACCGAAAGUCAAACAGGCACCACCAGCAACUGGCACUGCAAGAGCACAGUGCUCUCGUAGCUACUGCAGGUUCAUUGUAGUAGCUGUGCUGACAUACGGCACUGAGGGGAGAAGAGGGAGAUCUCCUAAAAGGGAUGCUGGGCAAUCAGGUAACUGCUGGGUAAAAAGGCAGAAGCUUUUCUUUUUAGUUGUCUUUCAAGAUGCAGACAGGUACCUGAUGGUUUUGACUGGGGAGAACAGACAGCCUCUAGCAGUGAGCCUGUCACACUUUCAGUCAAAGUUAAGUCUACAACAGCCUGGCAGGGGGGAUUCAAGUGUACCUUGCAUCUCACAGCCACUCUCAGCUGCUGCAGUUCAUGUUCCUACUCACCUGCAGUAUUUCUAACCACUUGCAACAAAGGAGCCUGGUGGUGCCAAGACUGACCUUAUCUGACAAGCAGCAGUCAGGGUUUCCAUUUUAACAAUCAUUUAGCAUGGGUAAGCUGCUUAAACAGUUAGGAAACUAUUGCCAAAAUGAUGAGCAGCUUUAGGCUAAUGUCAGAGUCUGUGGGAUUAAAAGGUCUUUCACAGGAUCCAUAGCAAAAGGGGGGAGCUGGACUAGGAGUCAGGGGGAUCCUGCUCCCAGUCUACCAGCAACCUGUCAGUUGAUCUUAAGCAAGGAAAGUCUAUGUGCCACCCUUUCCCAGCCCAUGUAAAGUUUAGCUUUCAGUGCUUUAUUUGCUCACCUGAUGAGUGUUGACUCUGUAUCUUAAAACAAGCUGCGAGUCCACACCUGGUUGGAGAGAAGGGGAGAGAUGCAAUGGGUGGGAAAUGGGAAAGCUGAGAUCUGAAAUUUCCACCAGCGUUCAACAUUGAGUUGUCAAUUCAUUUCAUGUUCCUCAUUAACCAGUCAGAUUGAUUUAUUUACAUUAUAAAUUUGAAGUGUAGCUCGAAUAAACUCACCCUCCUGCUCUCAUUGCUCCUUUGUGGUGUCACACUUUAACUUGGAGAUCUGUAUGAAACUAGGCAAUGAUAGAUGAUGGAAAUCCUAAUAAAAAUCCUACGUCCUUUUUUUGGCCUCUGCUAGCUGAGUUCUCUCCUUUCUUCACUGCAUUUGAGCUUUCUUGGUGCUUCUGUAUGACUCCCAAAGGCUUCAAUGGUUCCAACAGAUGUGAGGGAUUAGGAGCUUUUAUAUGAAGCCCCUGGAUCUAUGUGGUCUUAAAUCUUACUGGUUCCACUAGGGGGAAAAAAAAAGGUCCUAAUUCCAAUUAGUGAGCGAGCAAAUGCGAGCUUCAGCCACAAAACAAGAUAAAAACCUGAUCAAGCUCAUAGACUGAAACGUGAGCCCUUACAGUAACAAUAACAAAUAGCUUUAGCCUCUAGGGUGGAGAAGGGAAUCGGUUUCAAAAUGCAUUCUCCAGGAUCUCGGUGAUACGGUCUUAAGCUUGUCUGUUGCUUGUACUGCAUGCGUUUUAUCUGUGAAGCUGGAUGGUGCCCCUUGAAUCAGUGUGUAUUUAUUUCUGUGUGUAUUAGGACCAACAGCCUAAUAUCCGGGGGUGGUAAAGGACUUGUAGCACUUUAAUGUAGUAGCUUUCAUGAAUUGGGAUCAUUGAUAGAAUGCCUAGUGUUUUUAAAGUUGAAUGGACUUCCUUUUAUAAUAUAUUUAAAAUAAAUUUUUAAUGUGUUUUCUGAAAA